CAUUGGCAGCAUCAUCCGCAUCCGCAUCUAUUUCGCUGUUGGGCAAAAAUAAUUUAAGACAAAUAUAUGUGAUGCUAUGCACAUCAGCAGCUAUGAAAUAUGUCUAGAACGCGUCGCUGAAGAAUUCAUGGGUCGCAGGAUAUGGAAACACUAUCAGGAGCAACAAACGCGCACCCAAUUGAAUAUAGCAGAUCAACAGCCCAUUGCAACAGGCAUCCAGGACGAUCCCAAUACAGCUCAAGCGACAGGCAAAUUCAGCAGCAACAGCAAUUGCAAGCAACAACAACACGAACCACCAAACCACCGUCUACAACAAACGCACGCAGCGCAGCCAAAGGAAAACGGUCAACAAUCAAACGACAAACCGCAAUUUGAAGACGAUUUUGACAACAAACACACAUCACACGAUAUAGCUACAAACACAAAUACAACAUCACGUACACCAUCACCACCGCCUGAACCCAACGAUUGGACACCGUCUGAUAAGUGUAAUUUCUGUGUUAACGGUCGUUUGCUAACGGUGAACGCCAAAGGUGAAUUGGUGGCCGAAACGGCGCUGACAACAACGUCCAACAACAAUAACAGCAGCAACUUCAGCUACAAUAUUGCCGCUGUGGAUUCAAAGCAGCUGCAGCCUCAGCUCGAUAGCGACAGUGACAACUCGAGCAUAUCGCCGCGCAACUGCAACAACAACAAUAAUAAGCUGAAGCUUACGAAGCCCGCCACAACGGCACACACCGCCAACGGAACGUCGGCGGCAACAACAACAACACCACCAUCAACAACUUCUAUAGAACUUUAUAAGCUGCUCACACAGCAAGCGGCCACAAUGACAUCCAUGGACUCAAUGGCCGCACAGUUGGCUGCAAUACAAAAGAUAUCGGAAUUGCAAACAAACUUUAAUUUGAUCAACUCGCUGGCCAAUCAUCAGCAACAGCAACAACAACAACAGCAUACUAACUCGGUAACGCCAACUACCUCAGAAGUAUCUGCCGCCGCAAUAAGUCCAACACUCAAAGAUACACCCAGUCCCAGUGCAGAUGCACCAUUAGAUCUUAGUUCCAAACCGUCACCAAAUUCAUCGAUUAGCGGUGAUCUAAAGUCAGGAAGAACGAUAUCUGAGUGUGCGACGCCCACACCACGUCGCAGCUACAGCGAGGAGGAUCUGAAGAGCGCCUUGCACGACAUAUUGGCGAAUAAGGUGGGCACGCGAAAGGCAGCCAGCCAGUACAAUGUGCCGCGCUCUACACUGCGCAACAAGCUCUACAAGAUGACGCUGGAGGCGAAGCGCAACAAUGCGCCGACGCCGCCUGAGCUUCAACAACUGCAGCACGAGCUGGAGCAGGAGGAGUCGGGUGAUGAAUACGGCGGCCCCAUGGGCAGUGGCUUGGGACUGGGUAUGGGGCGCGGUGAUGACAGCAAUCAAGGCAGUGAUAUGGGUGAGGAAUUGGAGCAUGGAGGCUCACCCAAAUUGUCCGGAGCAUUGCGCGCACAAAACCUCACGCCUACAGGUAAUGUUCCAGCUGUUGGUAGUAGUGGUGGUGCCAUGCCGCCCAUGCCCAUCGAUCCAAAUGUGCUGCUACACACGCUCAUGGUGGCCGCAGGCAUCGGAGUCAUGCCAAAGCUGGACGAGACGCAGACACUGGGUGACCUUGUAAAGACACUAAUGAUUGCCAGCAGGGGCAGCAUCAUUAGUGAGGUCUUUGCCAGUGCGGCAGCUGUAGCGGAAAGCAAUGUGGCGACUGCCCUACAAAAUGGCGCACCACCUGGCCUGCUCGAUCAGCAUCUGUUGCUGCAGCAAAUCCAACAGCAACAGUCUCAGUCCCAUCACCACCAGCCGCUGCAACAACAACAGCAACAACACCUGAUUGGCGGCCUGCCGUAUCGGCAUCGUUUACCAAAGUCUGACACACCGGAGACAACCUCGUCCCUGGACACGAACGAGGCGUGUGAUGAUCCUAUACUGAAGAUUCCGUCCUUCAAAUUAACAGGCGCGUCUAGUGUGUCGCCCUCGCUGCUAGCCAGCAGCAGCAGCAAUAACAACACCUCCAACUGCAGCAAUAACCGCAAUGGUGGCGAUCAGAGUCCCCACUCCGCUUCACCGAUGCUGGCAGCUGCAGUCGUGGCUGCGGCCAACAACAACUAUCGCCAAAGCGGCAGUGUGCUCUCACCCUCGCCGGUGUCCAUACAGAAGAUGAUGGCCAACACCAUACAGCGUAAGAUCAACGAGCAGACCACCCAGGAUGCGGCGGCGGCUGCUGCAGCCAAUAUCUUGGGUCUGGGCGUCGCCGAUGGCAAGCGCAACAAUGGCAAUACCAGCGGCAGUGAGUGUAGUAGCAGCGGUGGUGCUGCCGGAGGCGGUGGUUCCGGUGUUACAAGCAGCGGUAGCUACAAGAAGCCCAGUAUAUCCGUAGCCAAGUUCAUUGGGGACACGGAUACCUCUCGCUUUGGAGCCUCACCCAAUCUGCUGGCCCAACAGCACCAUGGACACCUGCCCUCACACCACGCGCAUCAGCUCAGUGCUCAGGAUGCCGCCGCCCUGGCCGCGGGCAAGGGCACGCGUCCAAAACGCGGCAAAUAUCGCAAUUAUGAUCGCGAUAGUCUUGUGGAGGCGGUUAAGGCAGUGCAGCGUGGCGAGAUGUCUGUGCAUCGUGCCGGCAGCUACUACGGUGUGCCGCACUCCACACUGGAGUACAAGGUAAAGGAGCGCCAUCUAAUGCGACCCAGAAAGCGUGAACCAAAGCCGCAGCCAGAUCUGGUGGGACUAACAGGCGCCGCCAAUAAACACAAUCCAAACAUUCCAGGUCUCAAUCACCUCGACAAGCUAAAGGCGAGCAACAACAGUGCCGGCUCAAAGCUGAGCAAUGCGCUCAAGAAUAAUAGUCAGGCCGCAGCAGCAGCGGCGGCUGCAGCGGCAGCAGCUGCAGCAGCCAACACGCCCAAUGGCAUGAAGUUGCCAAUCUUUGAUGCCACCGCACAGUUGCCCUUUCAGGCAAAUAUGUUUUGGCAGCAGCCAGGCAACGCCAACUAUGGACUGGACUUCAAUCGUAAUCCAGAGUUUCUCAAAACGCAUCUAGCCGAGGCCAUACGUCUGAAUGCCGGCGCCAACAACAAUGCCAAUAGCAGCAGCGACAGCCCGCUCGGAGGCAUCAGUCAGAACCAUCAUCACGGUGUGCCGCCGAUGAAGAGUGCCCUGGACUUUACCGAAAACAUGUACGACGGCAUCAUACGCAAGACGCUUAAGAACAGCGAUGGCAGCAACAUGGGUGGCAAUGGCAACGCCUUGCUGGACCAGCUGCUGGUAAAGAAGACGCCAUUGCCCUUCACCAACAAUCGCAGCAAUGACUACUCGGCGGCCUGCUCUAGCUCCGAAGCGGGUGGCAAGCGGGCGGGCAGUCCGCUGGCAGCCUAUGCGGACAUUAAGCGCGAGCGUCUCAGCCCGGAACGUUGUGCGGACAGCACCAGCAGCGAUGAGGAGCAUCCCAGCAGCAACAAUAACAAUAACAACAACAACAACAGCGAGUCGGCGCACAACAAGAACCAGAGUAGCCACAACAAGUGCAACAACGGCAGCAGCAACAGCACCACCAGCAACAACGGCCGCAGUCGCAUGACAUCUCGUGACUCAGAAACGGAUGCCAGCAGCUUGAAGAGCGAACAUUCCACACACAGCUCUGCCCCCCAUGCGCACGCGAACAACAACAAAAUGAUGGAUCUCAAUGGCACCGCGAAGCGCGAGGCGCAGUACGCGGCGCCAGAUGCCAUGCCCAACUCAUCGAUUCUGCAAGAGAAGUUGGCGCAGAUUAAGGCCGAGCUGGCGGAGUGUGCUGCCUCCGAGGAGCCCUUAUAGAGCAGGUUGCAAUUGCAAGGCUGGCAGCAGCAGCAGCAGCAAGGGCAGCAGCACCACCACCACCAGCAACAACAACAACAAUUGACGCCAGCUUUUGCUUGGCCACCGCUGGCUGCCCAUUAUUACAGCUUCUAGACACACACAUACACACAAGCGAAGCCGCACACUCACACACAUACUAUAGUACAGGCAGAUAGGUGAGCAGUGUAUGCAUUAGUUUUAUUGUACAGUGGUUUUUAGGCAUUUUAAGUUUAGGUGUAUUGUGUACGUAUUUGUAAGUGCAGAGGUGUAGGUGUUGAUGUAUGUGUAGGUGUAUGUGUAUGCGUCUGUAUGGAUGGCCAAGCGAUGGCCGAAGCUCCACCAAUAGACAACCAAAAUCAAUUCAAGCCGCUUAAGCGAAAUGUGUUAGGCAGCAAAUUGCAAAUUAAACUGGCAAGCGACUUGGCUCUUAGUUGAGCUAAAACAAUUUACAUUAUCUAUAUGUAUAUACAUAUAGUAUAUGUGUAUAUACAGUUAUGUAAAACAACAACUACAACUUUAUAUACAUAUAUAUACAGAUAG